AUGAACACACUUAGCAACGUUCAUAUGUUGGGCAAAAACAGUUACUUUCGAAAUACGCCUUUUGUUAAGCUUUUUCAAAGCACGAAGUAUGUGAAUAUUUCUGACAUGGUUGUUUAUCCGAAAAGUUAUUCAUUUGAUGUGCUUUUACUCGUGGGAGCACCUAGUUGUGGAAUGAAUAAAAAGUUGUCGUUGAUGGAAGGAUGCGUUCAAGAAUGUUCCGUUGAUGAAAACAUUUGCAAAACUACGAAGUUUGAACGUGUCGGAUCGACGAAAGAAUGGAACGGUCAGACGAUGAUGCCGGUUGAAAACAAGACUCAUCAGAUGCUAGGCGCGUCUCUAAGUGCUUCUGCUAACGGUUUAAUCGUGGCCUGCGCUCCGAGGUACGUCUUCAUGUCAAGGUCGGGACUGUUGAGAGAACCAAUUGGCACGUGUUACUUGAAAAAUAUUUCCUCCAAUAAAUUUUACAAGCUGCAACCAUGCAAAAAAGGAUUAUUAGGCCAUCAUAAACAAGGACACUGUCAAGCUGGAUUCAGUGCUCAUUUAAGUCAACUAUUUGAUUAUUUCAUAAAGGAUGGAAAAAAUUUAGCUUUGGGAGCCGUCGGAAGUUAUUUCUGGCAAGGUGAAGCAUUUUUAUAUAAUUUCGAAAACGAUGUGGACCCCAUUUUGCCACUCGAAACGUCCAAAAGUUCUUACGAUAAAGAUUAUAUCUACACGGGCUAUUCCGUUUCUAUGAGUUAUUACGAUGAAGAUGAUCUAAUUGGUAGUGUAAAUAUUUUUUAA